AUGUUCAUGCACAGUCUUCCGGAGGAGAUGACGAGAGAGAUCCUUAGAAGACUUCCGAUUAGAAGCAUUAUGAGGUGCAAGUGUGUUUGUAAAUCAUGGCGCAAUAUGAUAGAAAGGGGUGACCUUGAGAUGUUGUAUACUCCCCAACCAAGCUUGGCUUUCGUUCAUCGAGACAUAGGGUUUGCUGUCUGCGAUGAGGCCUACAAGCCACUUUGCCACUUCGGCUUUCCUCCUAUCAAAAAAGAUUCAACUACUAGUCUCCUUUGUGUCGUAGUUGGUUCAGCUAAUGGUUUGAUUUUGGUGUGGAAUGUAAUUGAUUCCAGGCUUUGCGUAUGCAAUCCAAUUACAAGUGAAUAUAUCAAGCUCCCUCGUCAGUAUACGGUUAGCUACGUGUUUGGAUUUGGCUUGAGCAAAUUAAGUGGACAAUACAAGAUUUUAUGCGGCGCUCAUGUAUACACUCUAGGAAGAGAAGGAGGGUGUUGGAGAAGCAUUGUUGGGGCAACAGGUCACCCUCGACUGCUUUGGGAAAAUGCAGUAUUUUUCAACGGAAAUCUUCACUGGUUGACAACUGAUUCUAAGGAGAAUUUCUUGGUUUGUUGCUUUGAUCUUGAAACUGAGCUCUGUACCAGCUUUUCUCUCCCUCCUCGUGAUCAUGAUGAUGGAUACCUGUUAUUUUUCAAUGGUGAAUAUCGGCUAUGUGUCUUGGAUGGUCGGUUAUGUUUAUGCGAUAUUUUACGAGGUCGUCAUGCUGUUAUCUGGCAGAUGAACACUUACGGGGAUGCGAAUUCUUGGGUAAAGGCAUAUACGGUCAGUGAUAUCCAUGGAAUUAUUUUCCCGCUUAAAGUGUUUGCAAAUGGUGACUUGUUGUUUUCAGAGUCUAAAGAUGAUCAACUAUAUAUCUACUCCAAAAACACUGAGCGUUAUGUGAAAAAUGCUCAUCUUUGCCGAUAUAAAUCUUAUUUUUCCAACAUCAUCACUUAUAUCCCAAGCUUUCUCUCGCUCACGGCUAUGGAGAUUCCUAAUGUUCAUUCAUUAAGUUUUUAUUAA